UCCAGCAUCGAGGCUGGUGUGGACGCUUCUUCAACUCACUUUCCUUACCCUACCAUUUCUAUCCCACCACCGCUCGCCGAGUUCGAUUUCCGUGUUGCGGUGAGGUUCGACGCCCAGGAGACGAAGACUACGGCCGAGGGAGUGGAGGAGGCUGAGUUGGCGGAGGGAGUUCGCGGUUCCUGGUCUGGUUCGCUUGGGUCGGGGGCCGUCAUCGCAGGCGGGCAUGACCUCGACAUGACGACACUGAAAGAUAAGAGCCUGCACGAAAUAGUCACGGCCUUCAAACUUCGAACUAGUGAUGGGGAACCAGCUGUCCUUGAGAUGGAUACGAGAGGGCUUUUAUGUGGCCCGACUGAUGUUCUUGACGGCAUUGCUCAUAGGUCGGAGAGUGAGGCAAGAAUCGAUCCGAGGAGGUAUAGCUACCGAGUGACUGUCAACUUGAGUACGACGGAUGAGCGGUAUGUUGAGAAGGUAAGGGGUGUGCUGUGGGUUGGGAGUGGGAUAUGGGAUCGGGAUGAGCUUGUCAUUGAGUACGAAGUCCUUCAAAGGGAUGAUAUUGAUUACGUUGCUGACAUGUUGAUAGUAUCUAUCGAAUUGGCUGAGUAUAAUUUGUAUGAAAGUGGAAGAAUCGAAGUAGACCAAUGUGUGCGUAGCUUUCUUUUCAUCGGACUCUUCUGA